ACGGUUCAGGAAUCAGGACCUAAUAAAAUUGUAUGUUGAAAAAACAGACACGGGUCAAGUGCAGCUGUUAUGAUACACGUCAAUUGUUGUCUACAACUUUGUGGCGGGUGAUGUUCAAGUUAAGAAACACUUAACCAUGUCCACUAAUCUCCUCCGACCCUCCUCUCUUUUUCACUCUUUUUCUAAACCCUUCUCCUUACCUGCCAAACCUCACCCUUUUCACCUCAAGGCAACCAUGAUGGGGGAAAGUGAAAUUAAAGAAGUAGGUGAUACUGAAAAAAAGAAGAUAUUUGUUGCUGGUGCUACUGGAGGCACUGGAAAGAGGAUUGUGGAGCAGCUUCUGGCUAAGGGUUUUGCUGUUAAGGCUGGCGUUCGAGAUGUCGAAAAGGCCAAAGCUAGUUUUGCUGCCAACAACCAGUAUCUUGAAUUUGUGAAAGCAGAUGUGACUGAGGGUUCAACCAAGUUAGCGGAAGCUAUUGGUGAUGAUUCAGAUGCUGUAGUAUGUGCCACUGGGUUUCGACGUUCUUGGGAUUUACUAGCACCAUGGAAGGUUGAUAAUUUUGGCACGGUUAACCUUGUUGAUGCUUGCAACAAGUGCAGCGUUAAAAGAUUUGUCCUUGUAAGUUCUAUUUUGGUGAAUGGUGCUGCAAUGGGACAGAUACUGAACCCCGCUUACAUUUUUCUGAAUGUGCUCGGAUUAACGUUGAUAGCAAAGCUUCAAGCAGAACAAUAUAUCAGAAAAUCUGGUAUAAAUUACACUAUAGUCAGACCUGGUGGUUUAAGCAAUGACCCCCCAAAAGGAAAUAUAGUCAUGGAACCAGAGGAUACGUUGUCUGAUGGAUCCAUAUCCAGAGAUCAAGUUGCUGAGGUUACUGUUGAAGCUUUGCUUCAACCAGAGUCAUCUUACAAAGUAGUAGAAAUAGUUGCCCGUACCGAAGCUCCUAAGCGUUCAUUUGAGGAACUCUUUGGUUCUGUAAAGCAACGGUGAUAUAUGUAAAUAUGUUUGGUCCCGGUCUUGUUGGCAUGAAUUUUAAGAGUAUACCCAAUAUUUUGGUGUUUGUUCUUUGCUGAGCAAUUUUUACACACCUGUGUUAUAAUUUUUUAUUUGUUGUCA